AUGCGAGGGAUUUCGCUUCGCAAGACCUUGCAGCUUGGAGACAAGUUGUGGCUGGAAGACCCAUCUGCUGUUAGCAAAGCACGCCUAUCAAAAAUAUUCUCUGCAUCUCAGCAGACAAAUAGGUAUGACAUCUUCUUAUCCCACACUUGGCACACGCACGGAGCUUGGAAAUUCCUGUGUUUGCUUCUGCACUUCGGCUGGCCCAUUGUGUUCUUGUUCUGGGCAUUCGGGGUUGUGCUUGCGUACAUGUUGGUAUUGCUGGACAUUCUGCCACUUACGACCACUUGGGAGGCUGUAGCGGUUGACUUCCAGAGCACGGUUCCUUAUGGUUGUUGGGUCAUGGUGAUAGCAUCUACAGCGGCAGUAUUGGGGCUGCUUGCAUCGCCCUAUUUCCCGCUCAAGUCAGACAUGUGCUUCUUGGAUUUCGUUUGCGUGAACCAGACGGAUGAUAAGAAGAUGAAGGAGGGGAUCCGAGCUAUCGGAGCUUUUCUUGCUGCUUCCUCGGAGCUGCGAGUUCUCUGGAGCGCGCCGUACCUGGAUAGACUAUGGUGCCUGUUCGAACUCGCAGCAUACCGCAAGUUAAACCCUCAAGGGAGGAUAGUGAUGCUGCCAGUGACAGGUGAGAUCACUGUUUUGCUUAUGCACAUUUGGGUGCAAGUCGCUUCUGCUGCAUUCUGGAUUGCCAGGACAGGUCCACGGGGUGGGGACCCCGUGCGAGUCGUUGUGGCAGUGUCCUGCUCUUUUCUGGUUGUUUUUCCGACGCUUGCACAUGCAGCGUGGCAGAAGCACAGUGCAAGCGAGGCGUUGCAGCAAAGGCUGGCCCAGUUUGACCUUACAACAGUGCAGUGCGCCAACGAUUUUGACAAGAACUGCAUCCAUGAAGCCAUCAUAACUUGGUAUGGCAGCUUACAGGCUUUCACUGAUCACAUACGUGGACCGUUCCGGCUGGAAGUCAUACGACUCCUGCGGGCAGAAGGAACUAUUCCGAUCCACUGGAUCUCCCUGUUGCUGAUUCCAAUCUUGAACUUGUCCUUCGAAGGACUUCUCGCUCUGUGGAAAGCAAGUGCGCCCUCGGUGUCUUUUCUUACGUAUUUCAUGGCUCAGGUAAUAGGGGUGAUUGUCCUUUGGCUUCCGUCCGUGGGACUCUUCGGUGUCUAUGCCAGCGUUCACGGAGUGCGGUACGGACAUUGGAGGCUCAGGCCCUUCAUGCUGGAAUUCUUCCUCGUCUUUUGCCUUUGCGCUGUUCUCUUUAUAGCUGGGAUGUCCUUUUCUGCUGCUUGA